AUGUCCGAGUCGCAUCGGAUCAAUACCGCUGCAGUAAUUUCUUUCUGGUGGAAUAUUCAUCUACCUCCGCUGGACAACACCUUAGGCUCAAUGGAUGACUGCACUUCCCUUUUAAGGACAGAAGAAAAGAAACUCAACGAAUGGCACUCGCAAUUAACACCAAUCGAGCUGCCAAUGGAGUCGUCGUCUCCUAGUUUCGACGAAGCUCAGCCUAAUACUGGGCAUGUACCACCCCUCCGAUUUCAGCGUCACCCGUUCGCCAUGAACUACGCCUAUUAUAUCGUUGCGCGAAUUAUGCAGUCCGAGUGCUUUCUAAACGGUCUCCAACAAUGUGCAUCUGGUGAUCGGACAGCACCAGUCAAUGACGAAUCUAUCACCCGUUGGAUGCGAAUCCUCCUGCGUAUAGUAGCCGGCCUUAGUAAAGUGGAGUGUGCCACACGGAACGUCUAUACGAUUGGUAUUUCUAAUUUAUUGGUUGCCUGCAUUCUGCGAUGUUCCGACUUGGACAUGGGUCUAUGGAUUCAAAACUGGCUGCAAGAUUUCCUAUCCAUACCAAUCCUCGAGGAAGGAAGUUUUCCUAUCUGUCAGGCUCUAGAAAUCGUCCGCCUUGUGAACAAAGAACGACGUUCGGGGAAGGAUGUCUAUGCAAUUGGUGUAACCAAGGAGGACGGUGGUGGUAAUGGGAAGUACUUUUCAUAUCAGAGCCAGACCAUUUACGAACUUGUCUUACUGGGGAGGAUACGGGAGACAGGCUGCAUGUAUUCUGAGUCAGUAUCUGUGGAAUGGGCUCUAUGA